GGGGUCAUAUUUAGCAUUCACAGAACUCGAAGCCCCAAUGGCAAACCCUUGGCGGUGCUCCGUCUAUAUAUAGACCCCCCUAGGCUCCCAUUUUCCAUUGAUCAAACCCCUUCUUCAUCGAGAAGAAGAGAGAGGCGAAAUCCCAGAUCUAGAGCGAAGAGAGACUAAUUGACGAACAGAUAAUUAGACGAUAAAACAAAUCUAAGAUUCAAAAUUCUUUUGAGAACAGAACAACGAUCUAAUUUUUUGAAAACCCUAGAACUUUUAAUUCGAUCGGCAUGGCCGCCAUGGAUUCGCGGUUUCCGUUCUCUCCGGCGGAGGUAGCCAAGGCCCGAAUGGUCCAGUUCGGCAUACUCAGCCCAGACGAAAUCCGGCAAAUGUCAGUGGUGCAUAUCGAGCACAGCGAGACGACUGAGAGGGGAAAGCCUAAGCCUGCUGGUCUAAGCGACCCUCGGCUUGGGACUAUUGACCGGAAGAUGAAGUGUGAGACUUGUAUGGGCAGCAUGGCUGAGUGUCCUGGUCACUUUGGCCAUCUUGAGCUCGCCAAGCCAAUGUUUCACAUUGGGUUCAUGAAACCCGUGCUUAGUAUUCUUCGUUGUGUCUGCUUCAAUUGCUCCAAAAUCCUCGCAGACGAGGAUGAUCCCAAAUUCAAACAAGCAAUUAGAAGAAGAAAUCCUAAGGAGAGGCUAAGAAAGAUUCAGGAUGCAUGCAAAAACAAGAACAAAUGUGAAGGAGGGGAUGAAUUAAAUGUACAAAGCCAAGAUCCUGACCAGCCUGUCAAGAAGACUAGAGGUGGUUGUGGGGCUCAGCAGCCUAAGAUUAGCAUAGAUGGCAUGAAAAUGGUUGCAGAGUAUAAAGCUCAGAAGAAGAAGAAUGACGACCAAGAACUGCAGCCAGAGCCAGGGCGCAAACAACUCACUGCAGAAAUGGUCCUCAGCAUUCUGAAGCGUGUAAGUGAUGAAGAUUGUCAAUUGUUAGGGCUAGACCCCAAAUUUGCUCGCCCUGAUUGGAUGAUACUUCAAGUGCUUCCUGUACCCCCACCUCCUGUUAGACCCUCUGUAAUGAUGGAUACAUCAUCCAGGAGUGAGGAUGAUUUGACUCAUCAGCUAGCUAUGAUUAUCCGGCACAAUGAAAACUUGAAGAGACAUGAACGCAAUGGGGCACCUGCACAUAUCAUUUCUGAGUUUGCUCAGUUAUUGCAGUUCCAUAUUGCCACUUAUUUUGAUAAUGAACUUCCUGGGCAACCUAGGGCCACUCAAAGGUCAGGUAGACCUAUCAAAUCAAUAUGUAGUAGAUUAAAAGCAAAAGAAGGUCGGAUCAGGGGCAACUUGAUGGGUAAACGAGUGGAUUUUUCUGCUCGAACUGUGAUCACACCCGACCCAACCAUUAACAUAGACCAAUUGGGAGUCCCAUGGAGUAUUGCUCUGAAUCUCACUUAUCCAGAAACUGUGACACCAUACAAUAUUGAGAGGCUGAAGGAGCUUGUUGAGUAUGGUCCUCAUCCUCCACCUGGCAAAACCGGUGCCAAGUAUAUAAUCAGGGAUGAUGGACAAAGGCUUGAUCUCCGUUAUUUGAAGAAAAGCAGUGACCAACACCUUGAGCUUGGAUAUAAGGUGGAGCGGCACUUAAACGAUGGAGAUUUUGUCCUUUUCAACCGGCAACCUAGUCUGCACAAGAUGUCUAUAAUGGGGCAUAGGAUAAAAAUCAUGCCAUACUCAACUUUCCGGUUGAACUUGUCUGUUACCUCUCCCUAUAAUGCCGAUUUCGAUGGUGAUGAGAUGAACAUGCAUGUACCACAGUCAUUUGAAACUAGAGCUGAAGUACUUGAACUCAUGAUGGUUCCCAAGUGCAUUGUGUCACCCCAAGCAAAUAGACCUGUCAUGGGAAUUGUCCAGGAUACACUUCUAGGAUGUCGCAAAAUCACUAAAAGAGACACUUUUAUUGAGAAGGAUGUUUUUAUGAACAUAUUGAUGUGGUGGGGGGAUUUUGAUGGAAAGGUUCCUGCCCCGGCAGUUUUGAAACCCAGGCCUCUUUGGACAGGGAAACAAGUCUUUAAUCUUAUCAUACCAAAGACAAUUAACCUGCUGAGAUAUUCAUCAUGGCAUUCGGAUUCUGAAAAGGGGUAUAUUACUCCCGGGGAUACUCAAGUUAGAAUUGAAAAAGGGGAGUUGCUCACUGGAACUCUUUGUAAGAAGAGUCUUGGGACAUCCACUGGAAGUUUAAUACACGUUAUCUGGGAAGAGGUAGGACCUGAUGCAGCUCGUAAAUUUUUGGGGCAUACUCAGUGGCUUGUUAACUAUUGGCUAUUGCAAAAUGCUUUUAGUAUUGGAAUAGGGGAUACAAUUGCUGAUGCUCAAACCAUGAAAAAUAUCCGUACAACCAUCUCGGAAGCAAAGAACGAAGUGAAAAAACUCAUCAUCGCUGCCCGAGAUGAGCAGUUAGAGGCUGAACCCGGGCGAACAAUGAUGGAGUCAUUUGAGAAUAAAGUUAAUCAGGUUUUGAACAAGGCUAGGGAUGAUGCUGGAACUUUUGCUGAGAAGAGUUUGGCGGAGAGCAAUAAUCUCAAAGCUAUGGUUACUGCUGGAUCAAAGGGAAGUUUUAUCAACAUUUCACAAAUGACUGCCUGUGUGGGGCAGCAGAAUGUUGAAGGAAAGCGAAUACCCUUUGGCUUCAUAGCCAGGACAUUGCCCCAUUUUACCGUGGAUGACUUCGGUCCAGAAAGCCGUGGCUUUGUUGAGAACUCUUAUUUACAAGGAUUGACUCCACAGGAGUUCUUUUUCCAUGCUAUGGGUGGUAGAGAAGGACUGAUUGAUACUGCAGUGAAAACUUCAGAGACUGGUUACAUUCAGAGGCGGUUGGUUAAAGCCAUGGAAGAUAUCAUGGUCAAAUAUGAUGGGACUGCAAGGAACUCUUUAGGAGAUGUUAUCCAGUUUCUUUAUGGGGAAGAUGGUAUGGACUCGGUUUGGAUAGAAACACAAAAGCUGGAGUCCUUGAAAGUCAAGAAAUCAACUUUUGAUGACAUGUACAAAUACGAGAUUGAUGAUCCGAACUGGAAUCCGAAUUACAUGUCCCCAGAUGCGAUUGAUGAUUUGCGGUUAAUAAGAGAGAUUCGCAGUGUCUUUGAUGCAGAGGUUCAGAAGCUUGAGUCUGACAGACUCCAGCUUGGAACAGAGAUUGCGGUCAACGGUGAUAAUUCUUGGCCACUCCCUGUUAACAUUCAGAGACUGGUAUUGAAUGCUCAAAAGACUUUUAAGAUUGACUUUCGAAGACCAUCUGAUAUGCAUCCUAUGGAGAUUGUGGAAGCCGUUGACAAAUUACAAGAAAGAUUGAAGGUUGUUCAUGGUGAUGACUAUCUCAGCAUAGAGGCUCAAAAAAAUGCAACACUCUUCUUCAAUAUUUUGCUUCGUAGUGCCUUGGCCAGUAAAAGGGUCCUGAAGGAGUACAGGCUAACUAGAGAAGCUUUUGAUUGGGUUAUAGGAGAGAUUGAGUCUCGCUUCUUACAGUCACUUGUUGCGCCAGGGGAAAUGAUUGGCUGUGUUGCUGCACAGUCCAUAGGCGAACCCGCCACACAAAUGACUCUUAACACCUUCCAUUAUGCUGGUGUUAGUGCCAAGAAUGUCACACUUGGUGUCCCUAGGCUAAGGGAGAUCAUAAAUGUGGCUAAGAAAAUUAAAACCCCAUCUCUAUCUGUGUAUCUUAAGCCAGAAGUUGGUAAAACAAAGGAGAGAGCUAAAACGGUCCAGUGUGCUUUGGAGUACACGACCUUGAGGAGUGUAACUGAAGCAACAGAAAUUUGGUAUGAUCCCGACCCUAUGAGCACUCUCAUUGAAGAGGAUGCCGAGUUCGUUAAGUCGUAUUAUGAGAUGCCUGACGAAGAGAUUGAUCCUGGCAAGAUCUCUCCAUGGUUGCUUCGAAUUGAAUUGAAUCGUGAGAUGAUGGUAGACAAGAAACUCAGCAUGGCUGACAUUGCAGAAAAGAUCAACCUUGAAUUUGAUGACGACCUGACAUGCAUAUUCAAUGACGAUAAUGCUGAGAAGUUGAUACUUCGGAUCCGCAUAAUGAACGAAGAAGCUCCCAAGGGUGAAUUGGAUGAUGUAUCCGCCGAGGAUGACGUUUUCCUUAAGAAGAUUGAGACCAACAUGUUAACAGAGAUGGCUCUUCGUGGCAUCCCUGACAUAAACAAAGUGUUCAUCAAGAACACCAAAGUGCAAAAGUUUGACGUGGAUGAAGGGUUUAAAGCCGAAAAUGAAUGGAUGUUAGACACAGAGGGUGUGAAUCUCUUAGCAGUUAUGUGUCAUGAAGAUGUUGAUGCUAGAAGAACGACAAGCAAUCACUUGAUUGAAGUCUUUCAGAUUCUCGGGAUUGAGGCAGUCCGCAAGUCGUUACUUGAUGAAUUGCGUGCUGUGAUAUCUUUUGAUGGCUCUUAUGUAAAUUACAGACAUCUGGCCAUUUUGUGUGAUGCCAUGACCUAUCGCGGCCAUUUGAUGUCCAUCACUCGGCAUGGGAUCAAUCGAAAUGAUACGGGGCCCAUGAUGAAGUGUUCAUUUGAAGAGACCGUGGACAUUCUUCUUGAUGCGGCUGUGUACGCUGAGCCGGACUACUUGAGGGGUGUUACUGAAAAUAUUAUGUUGGGUCAGCUUGCACCGAUAGGUACGGGUGACUGUGCUUUGUUCCUGAAUGAGGAGAUGUUGAAACAAGCUAUUGAAAUCCCACUGCCUAGUUACAUGGAUGGCGGUCUUGAGUUUGGGAUGACUCCUCGACGCUCUCCGCUAAGUGGGACCCCCUACCAUUACCAUGAUGGUCUUAUGUCUCCUAUGAUGAGUCCAAAUUUCAGAAUGUCGCCCUCUACGGAUGCUGUGUUUUCUCCUUUGAUUGGUGGGAUGGCUUUUUCACCCUCUUCUUCCCCAUUUAGCCCACCAUCAUCUGGGUAUAGUCCGUCCUCACCUUCAAACCUUGCAUCUUCUCCCAUUUAUAGCCCCCUAAGCCCCAACUCCUCUUCUGGUUACAGUCCCACAAGUCCCAUAUAUUCUCCCACCAGUCCAGUAUACUCACCAACUUCUCCAAAUUACAGCCCUACAUCUCCAAAUUACAGCCCGACCUCGCCAAGUUACAGCCCUACCUCCCCCAGUUAUAGCCCUACCUCGCCGAGUUACAGUCCUACAUCACCUGCCUACAGUCCUACCUCUCCUGCGUACAGCCCAACCUCACCAUCGUAUAGCCCAACAUCGCCAUCGUAUAGUCCCACUUCUCCAUCUUAUAGUCCAACAUCACCAAGCUAUAGUCCUACAUCACCAGCAUACAGUCCUACCUCUCCUGGGUAUAGUCCCACAUCGCCAAGCUAUAGUCCCACCUCACAAAGUUACAAUCCUUCAGCAAGAUACAGCCCGUCACUUGCAUACUCGCCCACUAGUCCCAAGUUGUCUCCCAGUCCGUAUAGCCCUUCUUCCCCAAGUUACAGUCCUACAUCUCCCUCGUACUCACCAACAUCUCCUACUUACUCGCCUUCAAGCCCAACUUAUAGUCCAACCAGCCCAUACAACUCGGGCACUAGUCCGGACUACAGCCCUAGCUCUCCUCCGUACAGUCCAAGUGCAGGGUACUCCCCCAGUGCACCUGGGUAUUCGCCGUCUUCUACAAGCCAAUAUACACCUCAGAUGAGCGAUGGGGAUGACAAGAGCGUCAAAGAUGACAAGAGCAUUCGCUAGAGACCUGAGUCUGUUGGUACUCAGAAAUUGGCGUAAGGCUCACCCUUAUAACUCCCUCUGCUUGAUAAUCCAUGUGAAAAAUGGGACUUAUUUUCUAUAAAGAGUAAGUUCAAGAAAUGGUCCCCAAUUAUAGGUGUUUUUCCAUAUUUAGUCCUCAAUUAUAAGAUAUUACAUGAAUGAUCCUCAAUUUUUGAAAACUAUUUCAUAAAUAGUGUUUUUAGGCCAAAUUUGACAAAAAAAAAUCCACAUGUAGUGCCUGAAGGACUGUUUUUGAAUAUCUUAAAAUUGGGGACUACAUAUAGAAAAACAUAUGUAAUUAGGGACUGUUUAUGGAAUUAAUUCUUUUAUAAAAAUAGUAUGAUAAUUGCUUUUUGAGCCGGGUCUCUUGGAAACAUCUCUACUUUCAACCUACACGUGGAUUUUUCAAAUGUCCCAGUUUUGGAACUUCAUAAAAUUUUGAAAAAUUGGUGUUUUGAUUAUCCCGGUCUUGUCGAAGCAUCCGCCCUUAUCUUUGUUCAAUAGCUUUUGAGUUGGGGUAAGGCUUGCAUACUCAAACCCUCCCUAGAUCCACAGACCCUACGUUCGUGGGAGUUUACCGUGUAUGUCGUGGAUGGAAGUUGGGGCGUGAAACGUUAUUUAUGAGUAAAACAAUUACAGUGUGUAUUUACUAUGUUGGGGUGGUUGACAGGUGAAUGGGACAUUUCACUAGUAAAAAUUUCUCAAUCAAAAAAGGUAUGUUGAGAGAAUUCUGUGAGAGCCCAAAAAAGGUGAACUCCAAAAGAUUGUUCUUGGAAUGUGAUGAUGAUGGGAGUAAAAAUGACCAUUGCUCUUUGCUUUUACUAUGAUGAUUUGUUCACAGAGACUGUAUAUGGACAUUUUGGUCAAAUUUUUCUACUCCUUUCCACAAUGUAAAAAUACAUUUCAGCUUGACACUUUUGUAAAUGAACAAAUACUUGCUUUGUACUUGUUUGUUUUACUACCCAUUGUAACCUUUUAAAUGAAGCAAAGAUGUGUGGCCCACAAGUGGCAUGGGAGUAAGAAGUUAGAAACAUUUUUGAUUCCCCCCACCCCAUCUAUUUCUCUUUUGGGAUGUUCCAAAAAUUCCAUUUUCAUAGCAAUGAUGUAUUGUACACUUCUCUUUUGAGAAAAAGUAUAAAAGUAUGUGGCUCAUUACAUUCUUCUCUUUUGAACAAACUUUGGGUUCACAU